AUGAAUUUGGACCCUCGAAUACAAGGCCCUUGGGAGCACCAUCGCUCUCAAGAAGGGACCUGGGUCAAAUUCUGGAAAGCCAUAUCUGUCAGAAACGCCCUUCUGUUCCCCCAACCAGGACGCCCGCAGACUACACCAGCUCGCAACCGACCUGAGCCAAUCCCAUCCCGACUCAAGAAUACCAAACCCAUACUUCAGCCAUGGCAAGAACAGGAUCAACUCCUGGAAGAACAGAGACGCAAGCGAAGUAGAGACGAGUUUGGCCACACAGUUGGCAGGAUCACUGCAGGAACCAGGCGCGUCCAAACGAAGACGGCUACAACAGAUGAACCAGGUCGCGUCCCCAAGAAGACAUACCUAGGUCCUAACCUAUCCCUCAUCAGCGAUGGACAAAGGCUAGAUGACCCUGACGUGGAUAUGGGGGACUCUGACAACGAUGGAGGGCCCGUUGAGCUCCCUGUUGCUCGUAAAACCAUGCCUCGCUGGCGUCGUACCAAGCCCUACCAAAGGAAGGCGAUUAGACCACUUCCAGAUAAAAUCCACCAAAAUCCACCCCUCGAUGACUCUGAUGACGAUAGGGGGCUUGUUCCACGCCCUGCUCUUAAAAGCAUGCCGCGUCGCCCGCUCUCUGGUGUCAACUCAAAGGGAGUAGACAUUGCAGUACCCGCAGCAAUGACAAGUUUCAAUUCCGAGCUCCCCACUGGAAGGAAGACAGGGCCCGUACGGGCAGCACGAAAGACCAGCGUAUCCCUCACACCCGACCCUUCAUCAAGCGAAGAAAGUGCCUCUGAAGACGAUGCGAGCCAGCACACCGAUACCUCUGUAGGACUGCCAUCCUCAGAUUCUGAACUCGAAUCAUCUUCCGAAUCAGAGAGUGACGAAGAAGACAACGAAGCUGCCCCCGCCUUCAAACGCGAGCCCACGGUGAAGCAAGAGGAUGGGGACACUGCCAUGGACGGCCCCUGGCAUGGCCCCGCCGAACUUAUCAUCCUAGACACACCACCAAAAAUCACUAUACCCCUCCCACAAAUCGACACUGCCCUAGAGGAAGAAACUCGACACAAGAGUUCCCAAUGCCCAAAACUCGUUUGGAGAGCUCUUGAACACCUAUUACUCCCCACCAACCGCAUGCAAGAAACCCGACAACUCCCCUUCCUGCUUCGAAACCUUCGCAAAGGAUUUCUGGGCCGUUGCUCCGAACUAGGCAUACCAGUCGGUUCGCGUAAAGGAAAGCACAAGUCUCUGACUGUAUACCUGAAGUACGAGGUGGAGGGAGGCGGGAGCGGGAGUGUAUACGAGACGAGUAUGGAAGGGUGGAGAUGCCCUCUAUGUUCCUUGCAUGGUACCUUUGCCCUCAAAAAGCCUCUGGAUUUCCAUUUAAAGUCGGACCACGAAGAAAUCCGGGUUAAAUGGGACCUACAGCACGACGACACGUGGCUAUUGCGUCUGAUACUUCCUCCUCCGCCUCCGGAAGAAGAAACAGGACCCUUCGUUGACGAGGUCGUAGCUCGGAGAGCUAGUGAAGAACAUCCCCUUCAAUCUCCUGUACUCGAUGAUCACGAAACAGAAGGACUACAUCCCGGAGACGAAAGCCUCUUCCCGUCCGUCACAAUGUCACCCCCAACCUCCCCGAGCCCAAGCCUAUCUAGAACCACACUCUCUCCCUCUCUAUCCAGCAACCGAUCCCACACCCGCGUCAGCUUUACCCCCGCCAGUUCUUCCACCCUCCGCUCCACACCCUUCAAGAUGGAGGACGAAGAAGACGAAGACGUGAAACCAUUCCGCACACCCAGCACAACCACAGGCCUCUCCGACAGGUCAACCACAUUCCGUUCUUCCACGGCAACGACCACCGGCCGAUCCACCACAGCCGCUACCACCCUCGCCUCGUCGUCCUCCUAUCGAAGCUCGGUCCUGAGUACCGCAACAGCCACAUCCACAACCCGCACCGCGACCACCGGAACACCCUCUUCCCGGAGGUACCCAACGCCCCCUCCCCCAGACGACCCUCUCGGACCCGUCUCCCGUCGCCCCAAAUUCCCCCUCGUAUCCGAAUACGACGGUCCCACCAUCUACUACUCCUGCCGCAUCAACCCUUCAAACCACAGUCGUAGGGAAAACGACGACGAACCAACCGAUAACGAACCAACCGUCUUCGAUUGGCUGGGUACACUCCCACUGGACGACUACGGUUUAAUGGACUGGGCCAUCCUAGAUAAGGAGGAGGAGAUCUGGGAAAGCGACGACGUGACUGACGAACAGAAGGUGAUGCAUGCUCUCUGGGCGAGGUGGAUUUUCUUGAACCGACAAAAAUUCAUCGCAAACUACUACAAAGGAACCCUGGCAUUCAUCGACUACUAUUGGCGGAUGAUCCACCGUGCGGCUGGGUGGGAUGCGUUGCGGUAUUGGUUGCUCCUGCUCAUGGCGAAUAGAUUCCUAAACGCCAAGGAAGUCGCCAACUUGCUUAAGGAAUACGAGAAGAAGACCAAUAUGGCUGCUUGGGCGCCUCGUUUCUGA